AUGCGCUUUAUUGGUUAUCCGCAUUAUCUUGCAUACAAAUCAGAAUGCGAGGGCAGUAUCGUCGAGGAAAUGAAAGGCCAGCGAGAAGAUAUCGCCAUUUACAGACCUUUCAGCCUUCUCGCGGUGGUAUACAAAUCGUUCCCAAAAUACUGCUUAAUCGCAUGGAACGCAUCUUGGACGAAUCAGACAGGAAGCAUUCGAUUCUGUGGAGGUCAACGCUGUUCUGAAUGCCAUCAUACAGGCCGGAGCUCCCCUGCCUACAUCCAACUGCUCGAACAAUGCUUCUCAAAUACAACAACAACUAUCCAGCUAUUGGAUCGAAAGAUAAAGAUUCCAAUUCAGAAAGGAGUACGGCAAGAUGAUACAAUAUCACCAAAGUUAUUCAUGGCUGCAUUACAGCUUGAAGAUCGGCUUGGAAAUGAACAUGUCAAAAACGCAAAUGAUGGUGAAUCAGUGCUCUCCCGGAAAGCGGCAAAGCCCUCCCAAGUCAAUGAUGGCGGAAGCCUAAUGGCUGUAGAGGGCUAA